AGAAGAUUCAAAAGAUGACACAAUUGGGAGUAUCAGAUAAACUUGUCUUGUGUGUUCACAUUCAGGUCAAAAACAGCAGACUGUAAAAAUCCACAGAGAUUAUCUUCUUCUGACAAACAUCAAACAGAAGUGUCUAUAUUUUUUGGAGAAGCAAUAUUCCUCUAUGAGAACAGCAACUGAGGGAAAACCAAAACACCACAACACAGUGAUCACAGCUCCAGAAACCAGAAAGCAUAUGGCUUUGAAAAAAAAAGAAAUGAAUGAAAAACAACAGUUUGAAUCCAGGAUUCUCAAAGUAUAGCCAACUGGUCAAUCACACCCUUUAGUAACAUUAUAGUUAUGACUGUCACCCUCACAAAUGUCAGCCAAGCUAAAAGUUACAUCACAUCCGCGAGUGCAAGCUGUGCUUUGGUGUCUUUUUGGUCACUUUGAUUGUCCAACUCUUAUUUCUGUAACCUUGCACAUCUGCACAGAGCAUACAGGUUGGUUUCUUUUCCUUUACAGUCAUUGCUGUCAUGUGCUGGUUCUCUACAUUACCAUGAGGACUCCUCAUAAUAAUCAUGCUGAGAUUUGCAGGCAGUUAAACUACAAAACAUGCAGCAAGUUUGUAUUUUGUCUGAGGAGAUUUUUUAUUUUUUUUGUCUCUGCCGAUGUUUAUAACUUUGAACAAACAGAAGAAACCAUUUGGCUGGACAGAUAUUUGUUCUUAGAAACCAGAGGACGACCAAAGUGCAUACUAAUAUUGUAACACUUGUUGGCUGUUUCUAGGUCCCAAAACAUGCUCAGAUGGGUAGGCUGGUGCAGUUAAAGUGACUUAUUUGCACAGUUUUAUCUUUGCAGACCGUUCAUUGAUUCCAGACAAUCGAUGUCAGAUGUGUCCACCAGGCUCUCCUGACACUGCCCCUGAACCCACUGCAACACCCCUACUGUGCAGCUGAGCCACAGACUACACGCCCACCACAGCGAAUGAAUCCUGUUACAGUGCUACUCCAUCAAAACAUUGUUGAGAAGUUUAAUUCUGGAGGAAAACUGCCAACCUGCUGUUUGGACAAGAAUAAACUUGUGAAACAAAGGUCAGCUCAGGUAGCUCAUCAUCUGGAGGCAGAAGUUAUGCAGAAUAUUCAGAUUCAUGCAGUUUUUACAACAUUAAUUCAUCUCGACUGAACCAAAUCAUGGAGCUGAAUUACACUAAACAGAAAUAACAACAUGACCCCUGACAGGUGACAAGAUUAUCUCUUGAUCACGGCACCUGUUAGUCAGUAGGGUAUAUUAAGGAGCAAGUAAACAUUUUCUCCUCAAGUUGGUGUGUUAGAAGCAGAAAAAAUGGGUGAGUGUAAGGAUUUGAGUGAGUUUGACAAAAUAGUGAUGGCUAGAUGACUCGCUGCAAAAAUGCAAAAGCCCGAUUGUGGGGUGUUCCUGCGGUGGUCAGUUUGUAUCAAAAGUCGUCAAAGGAAGAAACAGUGACCAGUAACUGAGCAUCUGUGGGAUCUACGGGACAAACAAGUGUGAUCCAUGGAGGUCCUUCCUCACAACUUACAAGACUUCAAGGAUCUGUUGCUAACAUCUCAGUGCCAGAUACCACAGCACAUCUUCAGGGGUCGAGUGGAAUCCAUGCCUCACGACUGUUUUGGCAGCAAAAGAGGGACCAACACAAAAUCAGGCAGAGUCAUAAUGUUACGUCUGAUUGGUGAAUGACAUUGCUUUACCUCAGCUGCCACAUUCAACAUCAGACAGGUUUUUGUACUGGUCUGUGUCACUGUGUGAGGAGACAUGAUCUUUGGCUCUGGAGCUAAACUGUACGUAACAGCUACGCCGGUAGCAAAGCCCUCGGUGACAGUGUACCAAGCAGCAUCCAGUGAUCAUCUGGAGGAGAAGAGAUCCCUGCUGUGUGUGGCCUCACAAAUGGUUCCUCCUGUGGUCAAGAUCACCUGGAAAAGCCAGAAGCAGGACGGAUCUCCGCUGGCGGUGCCCCCUGGUGACACAGAACAGCUGGACAUCAUAGAGUCCGAUUACACUGCCAGCAUCUUGUUGAUCCAUCAGCAAGACGAGAACUCACAUACAUAUGGCUGUUCUGUCACACACGAGGGGGGGACGGUGGAGGGUCAAAUAGAGGAAGGAGUUUCUCAAAGUACACCAAAAGAACUUCCACCAGAUACACUUUCCACCAAUCAAACUUUAACAGAAGGUCCAUCAUCAGAACAUCCCGUGUCUCAAAAACAAGUAAAACUGCUCUGCCUGGUGUACACGGUGCUGAUCACGAAGAGUCUGGUGUACUGCUGUGGAGUCUCUCUGCUCAGGCUCAUCAGACGCAGCCGCAAACACGCAGCUGACUGACUGUUUCCUUCUUCUUGGCUUAUCGCUUUUCAUAUCGUUUAUCACUCAGGAUUUAGAAAAGUCUGUAACAGUGCAGCAUUUUGGUUGUUUUUUUACUUUCUUUUUUAUUUCAAUAUUAAAAAAAGAGCUGAAACAGAAAAGGCAGAAUUAUUAGCGCCCUAGUAGAUGAUUCAUCAUUUAUAGCAUUUGUUUAAUUAAAACAAAGUGUUGCCUGCUCUUCAAAGUAUUUCUCUGCAAUAUUCCGAAUAAAGCAAACAAAAAAAUCUUGCUUGUUUGAGUUUAAUUUUGUAGAAAACUGCGAGAAACAGCAGCACUCCCAAUAUAUGCUGAUAGGCAACGAGCAGUGGUAAAAGAAGAACAAAUGUUUAAUGAGAUACAAACAGGAUUUUAAAGAAGAUGAGAACAUGAAACCAUAAAUCUGUUAGAUAAAAAAAAACAUGCAGGUGUGUCUGAGCCUUAUUUUUAGUUCACUAUCAUUGGGACUGCAUAGUCAUCACAUGAUGUGAUAUCAUAGUGUGGAAGUAAAUGUUCAAAAUCAUAAUGUUCCCUCACAAAAUCACAAAUUCCUUCCAGAUGCAAUAAAAAUGUUAAACACAAUGACCCAAUAUUUAUUUGAAUAUGAAAUUAUAAAUGUUAAAAUAAAUUAAAAUUAGAGUUCACCUUGAUUGGUUUCAUUUUGUAAAGGACAUAUUUAGCAGAUGCAUUUCUGAACUCUCACCAAUGUGUUUGUCAUUCAACAACAAUUAGUUCUAUGACCUAAAAUAUUAUUUAACAUGUUCUCCAUGAUUCGAAGCAGAUAUAACUAUGAAAGCAAACUCCAGUUUUAAGCUCUGUCCUCUUUCAGACAUUGCAAAUCAAAUGUUUCUUUAUACAGAUAGUGUGGUUUUCUUAUUAAAGGAAACAGAAUAAAAACUGUCUAACUAAAGGAACCAAACUAUCAGGAACCCGUGGAUGUUGUUUUCUGGACUCAGUCUUAAAAACGAUAUCAUCUUUACACCAGCUUUAUUUGGACUGUGUGGGUUUUUUUUUUACACAUGCACAUAUAUAUCCUGCAGUGUCUGCAUAUCUAUAUAUCAGUUAUGUAAAUUAUGUGUCAUUGUGUGUUCCAUGUGAGAUUGUUUAAAGCCUCUGAACAAUGUCAUGAUAUCAGUGCAGCUGUUAGCGCUGCGACCCCAUAGCAGCGUCCUUUAGCUUUUAAAACUAACAUGGAUCGCUUUUCACCUUUUUAACUGAAUCUCUUUCAAACAGCUUAAAGUCUGUCAAAUUGUUCUAGUUUUUAUAAAUUUUCCUUUUAUUUGAAUUACCCUGAAUACUGUAUUUACUUUUUCUACUAAACAUUCUGUAUUAAUUUCAUCAAUCGUACUUCUAUUUUUUUGCUAACUUUUGAAAAUGACUAAAACUGAAGUAUUCUGGUAGUUAAGGGGACAGAUGGUCCUGACUAAGAGUCAAGACUACACUACAAUGAAUUCAAACACCUGACUUUGUUAAAGCUGCGCAGUAAAAAUAAAUAUACUUUAAACAAGCGGCAGAAAACACCAAAUGUUGAUGAAAUAUUUCUUGAUGCUGACAUCUAAUUUUCCACCAGCAUACAUGAGCUAAAUACUGAAAGCCCUGAUUCCAAACUUAUCAUUGUUUCAUUUAAUGUGUUUAGGUGGAGCAAGUGAAAACAUGAUCAAUUGGAAGUGAAAUAAAAACAUGUGAGGUGAAGCGCUGGUGUUUGUUUCGAGAAGAACAAUAAGUUGUUUGUUUCAGCGGUUUCCAAGUCUGUCUCUGUGUGGUUUGUCUUCUCAUACGAGCAGGAUGUCCGAGACUCUGCGCUGAACUGUUCUCAUGCAAUCACUUCAUAAACUUUAAGUUCCUAUAAUACUGUUUAACUGUGAUUUCUUCCAUAUUCUUUGCAUGAAUGGUGCUAUUUGCACCAAAAAUCUCUCACAUAUACUUUUAAGUUGCGUUGGUCAUUAUUGACCACUAAAGUCGAACCUGCAUUCGGGUGAAUAAGCACGUGACCUCAUCUUGAAUGUAACACUAGUGUAGCUCAGAUUAACCUUAAUGCUGGUUUGUACAGCUAACCUAAAAUUCAUCCUAAUGACUGAUUUUAAUAAACACCAGCUUAGAUGUUGUAGGACCAACAUUAUUAAAAACCACUUUGUGUUCCCUGUAUUGGUUUUGUAGGAUGCAGCUGACCUCACUUCUAAUGUUUGGCGAAAAAAACAAAACAAAACCUAAACAAACAAAACUUUAUUCGAUUUCAUCAUUAUAGCACACGGAGUCACUGCAGUGAAGGGGUCUGAAUACUUUCUGGAAUUAUUGUGCAACUGUGGCUGUUGCUGUAACUGUCACUGUGACAUUAAAGUGAAAACCCCCAACUCGCACAGAAACCCACACAGCCCAGCUGCUGCACAAAGGGAAGCUCUGAUUGGCUGUUGACUUUCUUUUCUGUCCUAAUAACCGCUGAGAACAGAUCCAUAUCUGCUGCUGCACCCCUCUCUCAUUCUUUUCCACUGAGCGCUCCACCCACUCAGAGCUGAACUGACCCCGUCUGACCCACCUGCUACAUCAUUUACUUUUUAUUAUUCAUUUGCUCUUUGUUAAUGACUGACAAGGUUUUGCUACAUUAAAUAAAUCGAUGGCACAAAGCUUGUAUUGAAUCAGCUGUUUUCGACAAUUUCAAGCUUGAUUUAAAAACCUUUAGAACUUUUAAUCCAACCAUCAGAGCAACGUGUUAGCAGCUUCAAAUUAAGAAGCAACACAGAUCCUUACAGUUACUUUU